GAGUUUGAUAUACAUAAAAGAUGGACUGGAGUGGAAAGCAUAACGGGCCAAAUGAUACAACUAAUGAUGGAACAGUGGUACGACUUCGAGGCUUGCCAUUUGGUUGCAGCAAAGAAGAGAUUGUUCAGUUUUUCCAAGGGUUGGAAAUCGUGCCAAAUGGGAUAACAUUGACGCUGGACUACCAGGGGAGAAGCACAGGGGAGGCCUUCGUGCAGUUUGCUUCAAAGGAGAUAGCAGAAAAUGCUCUGGGGAAACACAAGGAAAGAAUAGGGCACAGAUACAUUGAAAUCUUCAAAAGUAGUAAGAGCGAAAUCAGAGGAUUCUCUGACAUGCCAAGAAGAAUGAUGGGACAACAACGACCUGGACCAUAUGAUAGACCAUUAGGAGGAAGAGGGGGUUAUUAUGGAGCUGGGCGUGGAAGUAUGUAUGACAGAAUGCGUCGAGGAGGUGGUGGAUAUGACGGUGGAUAUGGUGGCUUUGAUGAUUACGGUGGCUAUAAUAACUAUGGCUAUGGAAAUGAUGGCUAUGAUGACAGAAUGAGGGAUGGGAGAGGCAUGGGAGGACAUGGCUAUGGUGGAGCUGCAGAUGCAGGGUCAGGUUUCCAUGGUGGUGGUCAUUUUGUUCACAUGAGAGGACUGCCUUUCCGAGCAACGGAAAAUGAUAUCGCUAAUUUUUUCUCACCAUUGAAUCCUAUAAGAGUUCACAUUGAUAUUGGGGCAGAUGGAAGAGCCACAGGAGAGGCAGAUGUGGAAUUCGUAACACACGAGGAUGCAGUAGCUGCCAUGUCAAAGGACAAAAAUCACAUGCAACAUCGAUAUAUUGAACUAUUCCUGAAUUCCACUGCUGGAGGUGGAUCUGGAAUGGGAGGCUAUGGCAGAGAUGGAAUGGAUCAAGGUUACGGCUCCGUUGGUAGAAUGGGAAUGGGUAGCAAUUACAGUGGUGGAUACGGAACUCCUGAUGGCUUGGGCGGAUACAGUCGUGGCAGUGGAAAUAGUGGAGGUUACUAUGGGCAAGGCAGUAUGGGUGGAGGAGGAUGGCGUGGAAUGUAUUGAAGGAUAGCCUUGCUUCUGCAAAACAUCCUGGAAGAAACAGUCUCUGGUCUACUAGACUUUCUUACAAAAUUUAAUUUCUUUUGUAUUUUAAGAACUUUAUAAUGACUGAAGGAAUGUGUUUUCACAACAUUAUUUGGUAAGCAACAGAUUGUGAUGGGAAAAUCUGUUUUCUGUAGGUUUUAUUUGUUGCAUACUCUGACUUUAAAUAAAUUUUUAUAUUCAAACCA